AUGUUGCUGUGUGGUGACAAUUCUCACCGUACGCUUUGGAUCGACAAUGUACCCACAUCCUGGGAUACGGAGAAGUUGAAGGCUGUUUUUGAAGUAAGUGUAUUUUUUUGAAGUUUUUUUCUCGGAGCCAGUCCUGUUCAGAAAUACGGACAAAAGCCGUACAAAGUGUCUCGAGUGGAUUUACGCGGCGAAGUAAGAAAAUUGUCACCCUUUAGAAAAUUUUAAUCUUUUUACAGAUUCAAUUGUACUGUUUUGUGGAGUUCGUCGACAAUGAUAGCGCUCAUAGAGCGAUGGACGUCAUGACAGGAAAAAAGGUGUUGGACGGUAAACGAGCCAAUAUUUCAUUCGCUUUCGACAACCAUAACCCGUUUGUGUUGGAACUCAUGUUUUUAUUUGUUUUGCGUUUUUUGCAGAGAACAUCGUCUAAACAUCAGCAGCCUCCCUGAGAAUGUUAGAGAGAUAGAUUUGUUUAAGGUUGUCUUGUCGAGUUCAUUCAGAAAUGUUGAUGAGUUUUCAGAUUUUUCGUAAGUAUCGAUCUUACCGUGGAGCGAAACUUCACAAAUCCGGCCAUUACUCUUCCGGUUUCUUGCGAUUUGGCGAUCAGACUGAUCAACAACAGGCUUUGGUGUGUGUGUUACUACGAUUGCUUAUGUGAAACUUUUUCGUCAUACUAAUGAUAUUCUUGGCUCAUAUAUGAGAGGGGUUUUCAUAAAGCGAUUAUAAAUGUUUUUUUAGAACAUUUAAAGCAAAAAAAUAAUUUUUUUAAAUAAGUCCUAUUUUUUUAAAAUAAAAAAAACAGAUAGGAAGUUUGAAAAUUUAAAUUUAAAGAACCUCAUGUGUUUUUUUCAAAGGAUAAUUCCUUUUUAUAUGACCUGAAAUAUUGUAUAAAGCGUCUUUUUGCUUCAGCGCUUUUGUAAAAUGACCUUUCAAACAGCUCAGUAUUUUGAAAUUUUUCAGAAGUUUUAUUUUGCAAGGAAAUAGAGACUCAAGAUUCAUUUUUCGCCCAAGUUCGAUUUCAAAAAAUUUUUCAGGUUGAGUUGAAUCGGAAGAAAAUUGACCACAUCAAGUUGAAUCUCACAUUGGGGCGGCAAAAAGACGAACGCCUGAGGGUAAAAAAAUUUCUCUGAAAAUCUGCCAAAAUUUGUUUGAAGCACGCGGCGCGAAUGUCGGCGAACGAGUCGUUCAACAGCUAUUCUCCUGUUUCCUUGCACAAUAUGAGCGGCUACAACUCGAGCUUCAGCUGCGGCUCCAAUAGCUUCUACCAGCCUUCUCCUCAGUUCCAGUCACCCAUGUCCACUGUGAGUAUGUCCAAAAAAAGGAAUACACAAACAUUUUUUUGCGAAAGUGAAAAAUUUUUAAAUUAAUAAUAUUGGAAUUCAAAAAAAUGUCAACGUUUUUUUCAAAUGUCAAGAGUUUUUUGAAGUUUGCACAGUUUUUUAAUACUGAAACGUAAUUUGUCGAUGAAAAAGAGCCUAGUAAAAUAAUUUAACAAAAUAAUUACAUAUAAUGAUGAAAUAAGUUUAUAACUCUCACCAAAAACAAUGAUGAAGCAGAUGAAGAAAAAUUAUAAUGAGGAAUUUUUUUAAAGAUUCAUACAGUAGAGAAAAAUGGGUACUUAGUUACGCUUUCCAUAUAUUUCUCUGGCGGAAGGUUUGGUGGGAAUUUCGAAAUUCAGUUUUGCUCACUUGAUUAUCCGAAUUUCUAUUGUUUUUCAGAAAUAUUUUUGUAGUAUAAUGUUCGAGAUCUUUUCGAUUAUUUUUUUUUCAGGUGAAGCAGUAAAAUUAAGAUAUUUCUUCAUACAAAAAUUGAAAAAAUGCUCACCCUAAUUUUUUCCAGAUGCUGUCAUCGUCCUACGCAAGCCCACAGAUGUCGUCGGCGUCGCUCUUCUCGAAAAUUCUGCAUCCGCCGCUGGAUCCGCUGGCUCCGCUUCCCGACGACGAACAGCUCGAUCCGACCAUCCGUCUUGCUUUUCUCCGUGAGUUCACUAGAACUAUGAAGUUGGCUCAAUAUUAGUUUCGCACAAAGAAUUCCUUGAAAGUUUUCAUAAAAUCUUGAAAGCUACAUUUUUUCAGCGAGCAGUGCAAAGAAUGCAAAACUCGCCAACAAGGAUUUAAUUUGCCACUCAAACGAUAUUUUCAACGAUUUGGAAUGCUCUAGGUGAGCUUAUAAAACUUUUUUUGCGAAUGAAACGCUGUUAAGAUGGUCCCCAUUUGCCUACACGAAAAGAGUGACUCCUGUUCAAUUUGAAGAACGUCUCGUCCAGAAUGGAUGGAUGCAUCUCGCUGCUUGA